UGUUAAUUGGAGUGUUUGUGUGGGUAUGAAUGCGGUGGGAAGAAAUGGGCAAAGAUCUGGUUCAUCGGGGGCACAUCAUCAGCGUCAAUACUCCGAUAACUACAUAGAAAACAGUUCUUCGUCUAAUGGCCAAUGGCUACAGUCUACUGGUUUACAACAUCUCCAAACACAAACUUCUAACUCUUCUUCAUCUAUGGACUUUGCUUACUAUGGUGGUGGUGGAGUUCAUGAUUCACGAAUGUAUAAUAAUAAUAAUAGGAACAACAGUACAGUAAGCGGAGGGACUAAUUUGUUCUCGCUGCCGUUGACGCCGCCGGGACGCCAGAAAAAGCUCGGUGGGGGCGGUGGUGGCAGUGAUGACCCCGGUGACUUCAGCCCUGGUCUCUUAGAUCUACAUUCCUUCGAUACAGAGCUUAUUUCCGAGGUGCCAAUGGCUAGCAUUCAUGGUGCUUCGUUGCAUAAUUCUGCUCAUGGCAGAAGCUUUGAUGAUGCAGACCCAUAUUAUGCAAAUACCAAACAGAGUAAUAGACUUCGAGGUCUGCCAGAAAACAACCUUUCGAAAAGCUUUGCUCCAGAUAAAGAAAAGGCUAGCUCCGUUGCAAAGAUCAAAGUUGUGGUGCGAAAGCGACCAUUGAACAAAAAGGAGUUAGCAAAAAACGAAGAAGAUAUCAUUACUACUGAGAGCCAUUGCAAUUCCCUUGCAGUUCAUGAGACAAAACUCAAGGUUGACUUAACGGAAUAUGUGGAGAAGCACGAAUUCGUAUUUGAUGCAGUGCUGAAUGAGGAGGUUUCUAACGAUGAGGUUUAUUAUGAGACCGUAGAACCCAUUGUUCCAAUAAUUUUUCAACGCACAAAAGCAACGUGCUUUGCGUAUGGACAAACAGGAAGUGGAAAGACUUUUACGAUGAAACCGUUACCCCUUAAAGCAUCUCGGGAUAUCCUGAGACUGAUGCACCAAACCUAUCGUGGGCAAGGAUUUCAAUUGUUUUUCAGUUUCUUUGAGAUAUACGGUGGGAAACUUUACGAUCUCCUCAAUGAUAGGAAAAAACUUUGCAUGAGAGAGGAUGGAAAACAACAAGUAUGCAUCGUCGGCUUGCAAGAAUAUAGAGUCUCGGAUGUGGAAACAAUCAAGGAGCUGAUUGAUAGGGGGAAUUCAACAAGGAGUACGGGCACAACCGGUGCAAACGAGGAGUCCUCGAGAUCACACGCAAUACUUCAACUUUCCGUCAAGAGGUCUGUUGAUGGUAGCGAAUCUAAACCUGCUCGAGUUGUUGGCAAACUCUCGUUUAUCGAUCUUGCUGGCAGUGAACGUGGUGCAGAUACAACAGACAACGAUAAGCAGACAAGAAUGGAAGGUGCGGAGAUCAAUAAAAGCUUGCUUGCUUUGAAAGAAUGCAUAAGAGCUCUUGACAAUGACCAGGGUCAUAUUCCAUUUCGAGGUAGUAAAUUAACAGAAGUUUUGAGGGAUUCGUUUGUUGGAAACUCUCGAACCGUCAUGGUAUCUUGCAUUUCACCAAAUGCCGGGUCGUGUGAACAUACACUCAACACGUUACGAUAUGCUGAUAGGGUGAAAAGUCUCUCAAAAGGGAACAAGAAAGAUGCCAUAAAUCUAAGGGAAUCAACAACGGUGCCAUUGUCUUCCGCCAUACUGCCAGUUUCGCCUUACGAAGAUGGCACAAUCGAUUCAUGGCCUAACCAACCUGAUGAAGAUGAUUAUGACACAACAGAAGAGUUCUCCGAGCCAGAGCCGCCAUCAUGGAAAAAUAGUGGGAAAUUUGAAACACAAAGCUUCUCAAAUGGUCAAGACAAGAUCAAGAGAACCAACGGGCAGACCAAACUGAAGGAGCCAUCCAAACCUGCAUCAAGAAAUUGGAACCCUGAUGAUGAUUUGAAUGCCCUUUUGAAGGAGGAAGAAGAUCUUGUAAAUGCUCAUCGAAAACAAGUGGAGGAUACGAUGGAUAUCGUUAGAGUGGAGAUGAAUCUAUUGGUUGAGGCAGAUGAUCCAGGAAACCAAGUGGAUGAUUAUGUGACGAAACUAAACACGAUCUUGGCUCAGAAGGCUGCAGCCAUCCUACAGUUGCAGAACCGUUUGGCUCAUUUUCAAAAGCGUCUCAGAGACCAUAAUGUUCUCAUCUCUUCCUCAGGUCUCUAACUAUAUAUGUUGAAACGCGUUGAAUUACAUUUUUUUAAUGUGAUUUUACUGGGGGCAUGCUAAGUUUCUUGGUCAAAAUUGAUCUUGCCAAGUAUUUGGGGUACAAGUUCUUCACGAAGGUCGUUAAUCUUUGGUUUUGAUAGAAUUAUAGCGGAAAACAUGGGUUAAUACGUAUGUUUUUUGAACUCAUGAAUCGUGAUAUAGUUAAUUUCACUUCCAACU